AUGUUUAGGAUGUACUCACAGUACAGUAAGAUCAUCGACUUCUCGAAUCUGCCGGACCCGAGUGAGGAUUGGGAUCUUGGAGAUGUGAUCGGAGAAGGAACGUACGGGGAGGUCUACAUGGCAGUGAACAAGAAAACAGGUGAGUGUGCCGCAGUGAAGGUGAUGGAAUCGAUCCAUGAGGUGGUGGAAGAAAUAGAGGAGGAGUAUCUGGUAUUGCGAGAUCUCAGCAACCACCCGAAUAUCCCACAAUUCCACGGGAUCUACAUCAAACAGGACACCUCGAGUGAGGACCAGAUAUGGCUUGUUAUGGAGAUGUGUGGCCGCGGCUCAGUGACGGAUCUGUCCCGUGGUUUGUUAAAACAAGAGAAACGACUGGAUGAAGCGCUCAUUGCUCACAUCAUGAAUGAAACCUUGAAGGGUUUGAAUCAUCUUCACAAAAAUCAAGUCAUGCAUCGGGAUGUCAAAGGUCACAACAUUCUCAUUACAGAUAAAGGGGAAAUAAAGUUGGUGGACUUUGGUGUGUCUGGACACCUGGAGAGGACGUUGGGGAGAAGGAAGACUCACGUGGGCACGCCUUAUUGGAUGGCUCCAGAGGUGAUAGCUUGUGAACAGCAGUUGGAGUACAGCUACGAUAUCCGCUGUGACGUCUGGUCUCUGGGAAUCACUGCCAUCGAGCUGGCCGACGGACAUCCUCCGCUGUCGCAGAUCGACCCUCGGAGAGCUCUCUUCAAGAUUCCAAGAAAUCCGCCUCCUACUUUCAAAGAACCCGAUUUGUGGUCAGAAGAGUUCAAAGAUUUCAUCAACAAAUGUCUGGUGAAAGACUUUGAGGAGAGGCCGUUUACAAACACGUUGCUGAACCACAAAUUCCUAACACAGGUCUCCACUGACACCACAGUGCUCAAGAACAAACUGUGUCAGCUGACGUCUCAGAUGGAGCGAACCGUCCAUGAACCUGAUGUGACCACCAAACAUGGCCGACUGAAGUCACGGCGCAAGUCGCGGCGGGAAUGUAACCCAACGGCAGAGGAUCUCGCCCAGCUUGAAGUUCUUGAUGAGGAAGUGAUAGUUUCGCAGCUCUUCAACCGAUACACACACAGUAUUUUCUACACAUACAUCGGAGACAUCCUCCUGGCUGUUAACCCCUUCGCUUUCAUCACCAUCUACACAGAAGAGUAUUCCAAGAAGUACGUGAAUGCUGCUAAAGAUGAUAACCCACCUCACAUAUUCGCUGUUGCCGAUCAGUCCUACCAGAUGAUGAUGCAUAAUAAACAUACUCAAUGUAUAGUGAUAAGCGGGGAGUCCGGCGCUGGCAAGACAGAGAGUGCUAACCUCCUUGUACAGCAGUUGACACAGCUUGGCAAGGCACCAAAUCGGACAUUGGAGGAACGAAUUCUUCAGGUGAAUCCUUUGAUGGAAGCAUUCGGAAACGCAAAGACUGUGAUAAAUGACAACUCAAGUCGAUUUGGGAAAUAUCUCGAGAUGUUCUUCACCCCUUAUGGAACAGUGAUAGGAGCAAAGAUCACAGAGUAUUUGUUGGAGAAAUCGCGAGUCAUAUACCAGGCAGUAGGAGAACAAAGUUUUCACAUUUUCUACUACAUCCAUGAUGGUCUGAAAUCUGAGGGUGGUCAGUAUCACCUCAAGAGAAGCAAGGUGUACAGGUAUAUAUCCGAAUACACAAGUGCCUCACCAGACAUUGCCACUUUAUCUGUUAACCGGGUCAAGUUCAAGGCCAUCCAGCACUGUUUUGAGAUAAUUGGUUUUCAGCCAGAGGAGGUGUCUGCACUGCAUGCGAUCGUGGUGGGGAUUCUGCAUAUUGGGAACAUUGACUUUGAGGAGAAAGUAACAGACUAUUCGGGACAGGGGUGUGUGAUCACUGACAAGGAUCUCCUCGAGAUAGUGUCGUCUCUUCUGGGAAUUGACGUGACCGAGUUAAUAGAGGCCCUGACAACAACUGGAAUGGUUGCGAAAGGAGAGGUGAUCAUCCGUAACAACACAAUCCAGGAAGCGGUGAAUGCACGGGAUGCCAUGUCGAAAGCCCUGUACGGUCGGCUGUUCAGCUGGAUUGUCAAUCGGAUUAGUACACUUCUUAAACCUCUGAAAUCUGCAGCAAAACCAGAGGACAGCCUUGUGAUUGGACUGCUGGAUAUUUUCGGCUUUGAGAACUUCACGAUAAACUCGUUUGAACAAAUCUGCAUCAACAUUGCAAAUGAGCAGAUCCAGUACUACUUCAAUCAACACAUCUUUGUGUGGGAGAUGCAAGAGUACAAGAAUGAAGGUAUUGAUGCCAGUGAUGUUGGUUUUGUGGAUAAUCGGCCGAUUCUCGACAUGUUUCUCAUGAAACCGAUGGGUCUGUUAGCACUACUCGACGAGGAAAGCCACUUCCCUAAAGCCACGGAUCAAACACUUGUUGAUAAAUUUCACCAAAACAUUCGGAGUGUUGUCUACAGCCGACCUAAAGGUAACAGUCUGAAGUUCUGCAUUGAGCACUACGCUGGCAAGGUCGAGUAUGAUGCUUUUGGAUUCUUGGAGAAGAAUCGAGAUCGACUUCCCGCUGAGAUCGUGAACAUCAUGCGGAUGUCAGAAAACAGCGUCGUGAAGUCCUUGUUUCAGACUCCACUCACGAAAACAGGAAACUUGGCGACAGGAAGUCUUCCGUCCUCGGCUAACAGUUCGCGGUCAAGUUUCCCUAGCUCGCCCAACAACACGUCCGGGUAUUCCAUACAGAGCUACGCCGCCAAGUCCAUGGGAGGAAGCAAGCAUGCCACUGGGUCACAGAGCAUGACUCGAAUUCAGCAGACCGUGGCGACCUACUUCCGCUUCUCGUUGAUGGACCUCCUCGCAAAGAUGGUGGCUGGAACACCUCAUUUUGUCAGAUGCAUCAAACCGAAUGACAAGAAAGAUCCCGACAAUUUUGACAGUGAGAAGGUGACGACACAACUCCGAUACACCGGCGUCUUGGAAACCACUCGCAUCAGACGACAGGGAUACUCAAACAGAAUCCUGUUUGCAGACUUCAUUAAAAGAUAUCAUGUACUUGGAUAUCAGUGGACAGAGAAGAUUGAGGUGUCAAGAGAAAACUGUCAGAAACUUUUAGAAAGAAUUGGUCUUGAGGAAUGGGCACUUGGUAACACAAAGGUGUUUUUGAAAUACUACCAUGUGGAAGAACUGGUGCGUAAAUACGAGGACCUGUGUCGGAAGAUUAUUUUGAUUCAGUCGUGUGUGCGCACCUGGCUCGCACGAACUCGAUUCUUCCAGUAUCGAUGGAAGCUGGAAAAAGCUGCACUCAUGUUGCAGAAAUACACCCGAGGCUGGAUGGUCCGCAAGCAUUACGGUGGAGUCUUAAGAAACAGAAGAUCUGCUGCAAUUUUCAUACAGAAAGUAAUGCGUGGAUAUUGGACGAGAAGGAAAUACCGUCCACAGAUACAAGAACGACACAACGCCUGCAUCAAGCUGCAAUCAAUGUUCCGAGGUCACAUGACCCGCAGAAAGGUCAAAAACGAGAGGUCAGCAGAACAAGAGAGUGCUGUCAAGAUACAGAAAGCGUUCCGGGCUCACCGCGUGAAGGUGACGUCAAGAGAGCUCAGAUCACAGAAGAAGAUGGAAGCGGCGCACGCGGCUCUGAUCAUUCAGAAAUACUUCCGGCGCUGGCGGUCGAAAACGCUGUACCAGCAGCUCGUCAUGUACAAGAGUCAGAAAGAGACGCAGCUUAUUUACUUCGGUCAGCAGGUUGAAAUGUAUGGCAGUGAUGUAUAUCAGUACAUGAUAAACAAUCAAACAAGAGGGGAGGCUAUUGAAAACCACAGACAACCGUCCUCACCCAAGUUCGUGCUACCCUCCGUGGACUACCCUGACGAUGACGGAUUGCUGGCACUGCAGUCCAUUCUACAGGCGGAGACUGAGAAACAAGAGACGUUUGAGAAAGAGAGACAGCGGUCGUUCGAGGAGAAGUUGAAGAUGUUUGACGUUGAUGAGAUGCGGAUGGAACACAUCCGCAAGAUGAACGAAGUCAAGUCAUUGAUGCCCGACAAAGAACAAGAUUACUACAACAGUCUUGCCGACACUAAUAAGAUGACUGUGGGAUAUCGAGUUCAGAUGAUUCAGAAUGGAAAUGGCCAAUCUUCAAAAUACGUGCCAAAAGUUCAGCUAAAUGGACAAGACUAUGCGGAAUCAACAAGCAUUGAGGUGCUAGGAAACGCUGAUGAAAACAGCCACGUUACUCGUCUCCGACUGGCGAAAUCGGCCGCCAAGGCGUUCAUGGCUAAUAAGCCUAGAGAAGAAAGAAACAACCUUGCAUUGUCUUUGGUUCCAAAAAGCACAAGUUCUUCUAGUUUAUCAUGGGACUCCCCACUUCAGUCAGCACAUGAGAAAUAUCUCUCUUCACACGAAUUUCAAGAAAAUGGUCACCUAAACGGUGGUAUGACAAUUGACAUAGACCCGAAAGCCGACAGAACUCAGCUGUAUAUGGAGUCCAACAAGGAAGAAAUGGCCAAAUGUCUGGAACAGGAAGUGGAGGGGUCCAUUGUAGCCCUGUGGAAGAUGGAUAUUCAGAAUGUAGCGAGGGCGAAAUCGACCGUCACAUUCGGAUUGGAUCCUGAUUUACCCCCUCCGCCUCCACCACUGUACAUGGACGCCAGUUCCUCCUCAUCCUAUACGAUUCCUCUGCCACCUCCCCCACCCCCAAUGUUCCUAAGGCACCCCCGUCCAAGAAGUGAAGUGCUGAACACUGGGGUGGUGGAGGAUCCGGCAGAAAGACAAGCUGUAAUGUCUAAAUCGCGGAGUGACAAUUUCAUCAAGAACGGCAUGGCUUGCGUGGACGACCACUCCCUCGUCAACCUGCGAUCACGUCUGAGGAAGACGAACUUCAACGUCAGUGAAGGCACGCUGCGGCGGGAAAACGAUUCCACCGUCACCCAGGUCGACUUCCGGCAUGUGCUCAAGAAAAAAGUUACCCCUGUGGAAAAUGGACAGGAAGUAGAUAUAAGUGCACUGGAUUAAUCUUUUUUGAUAAAUUCAGGAUCAUGUGCUGGGGUGUCAGUCCUUGUAGACGUGAUGCAGAUUGCCUGUUGUGAAGUAAAUAGAGAUUAUUAUACAAGUUUGCGUGUCGUACUGAUUUUAUGAAACAAGUGUCAAGAUUUUUUGUAUACAUGAAUCCUGACACGAGUUUCAUAAAAUCAGUACAACUCACACGCGAGUAUAAUAAUUUCUUUAUUAUCUUUAUUAUUAUUGUUUUUUGUUUUUUUUAUGAAUAACAAGGACCAUUUCAAAAUAUUUGAACCACAGCUAGAAGGAGAUAAUGAAAUGACGUCAUAUUUCAUAUGCACAGUCACAGCUUGGACUGGGAAAGCAACGUCAUGUUAUGACGUCGCUUUUCACAAUUAUGUUGUAACACUUGCUAUUACACUUGUGCUUCGUAUGAUUAUUAUUAACUCAAUUAUGUUGAACCAUGUGGAUAAUAAGGUGAACAAAAUAGAUUUGUGUGAGGCUGUGAAUUUUGGUUUGCCCUGACAAGUUGACUAGCUGUGUUAGUAUAGUAGCUAGGUCAUCAGUAAAUGUUUCCUUUUUAAUUUUCAUUAGUGUUUUUUAAUUAUUAUAUUUUUUAAAUGUGAACAAAUAUGUUCGACAAAAUGAUUGGAGAUAGCUUUUUGCUAUUGCUUGGACUACAGCAAAUAGAUUUUCUUUUCAGAUUAUCAUGUCAAAAGUAGGGGCCAUAUUUGUAUAUAAUUAUGGGGAAAUAACUUACUGUAUUUGUGCAGUUAAUAAAGGGGAGACAAGUUAGUAUAUAGGCCUAAACCCUUUCCUGUGCGGGAUGGAACACUUGGCAACAGUUAGAACUUGUGCUCAUGACAGCCAUGCACUAUAACAGCUUGCUCUGUAUUUGCAUGGUAAACAAACUGAACCUGUAUACAAUGCAGGUAAUAAAGGGCAAAUAACUCUGUUUAGUGCAUUUAAUUAAGGGCAAAUAUCUCAGUGUAUUGGUGUAGGCAGUUAAGGGGAAUAACUCAAGAGUAUUGAUGCAGGUAAUUAAGGGGAAUAACUCAAUGUAUUGGUGCAGGUAAUAUGGGGAAUAUAGCUCUGUAUAUAAUGCUGGUAAUUAAGGGCAAAUAACAUUGGUGCAGGUAAAUAAGAGGAAAUAAUUUAAAGUAUUGGUGCACAUAAUUUAGAGAAAUGAGCAAUAAAAUGUCUGCUGAAUGAUGUAUUUCUAAAAUUGCAGGUUAUUUUACAACUAACCAUACAACCAGCAAUACAUAUCUGUUCAAGACUUGUUUUCUAAAUAUACCUAUUUACUUUGAGAGUCAAAAUGGUGACAAUGUGAAUUUUUUCUUCUUUUUCUGGGUCCGUCCCUGAUCACUAAUUGCCGACCUGUGUUGUGUUCCAAGGUUUUAGCUGGCUAUGUUACCUUGAUAUUCUAUGCAAAUGUUUAUACAUGUACAUAUUUAUUGGACAAUUUUAAUUGUAUCGUCAUACUGUAGUUAUAUAUUCAUUAUCGUGAUAAGCUUAUGCCUAUGAUCAGCUGCUUCUGGUUUUUCAUACAUUAAAUAUAAAUAAUUUAUUGCUUUUUGUGAAAUGUUAAAAAUCGUGACUGAUAAAACUAUUUACAAAACAAGAGUCAAGUUCUGUGGUGACAAUGGGUAAGAAGUGACAAGUUCUGGCGCUUAAAGCUAAACUUUAUUUUUCAUAUUGUGAUCAUAGUUUAUGAAACCAAAUAUCAUGUACUGAUAAUGUUUAUUUGUUGUUAGGUAUUUUGUGUUUCCACUCAUUUUAACAAUUUGUAUGAAGGUCAAAAUAAUGAAUAUUCAUUUCAUACUGUAGAUGAUAUCCACAGAUAAAUGAUAUCACUAAUCUAACGCUCUCUCUCUCUC